UAAAUGUAUUGCCACCGUUACACUUCUGCCGCUGCCAUUAACGAAGAACCAGAGCUCGUCAUGAACAUCGUUGGCUUGGCGAAGCGUCGUAUCUCUCUGGGGUUCUCCGAUCGAUGCUCUCUCUCCGGAAAAAGCAAUGUCUCGAUAGAAGCUUUGGUCGCUGGUCGGAAACUGAGACUCGGAUAUUCUGGUCGGUUUCUUCACCAUUUCCGUAAAGUAGGGGAUUUCGGAAUCUCUCGUCUUGUCUGCUUGACGUCCCCUUCGCGCCGUUUAUCGACGAAUUGUUCUUCUUCUUCUUCGAAAGUUGGAUUUCUUCGAUGGUAUUUGAGGAAGCUGGAUUCGCACCCUUUCAUCACCAAGAGCAUCACUACAUCGCUCAUUUACGCCGCCGCUGAUCUGACAUCUCAGAUGAUCAUGAUGCCGCCAUCUGGUUCCUUUGACUUGAUAAGAACAUCUCGAAUGGCUAGCUACGGGUUGCUGUUUCUUGGGCCAUCACAGCAUCUUUGGUUCAAUUUUCUCUCAACAAUCUUGCCAAAACGGGAUGUCCGGACAACCUUGAAGAAAAUAAUAAUGGGGCAAGCUAUAUAUGGACCUUGUGCAAACACAGUCUUCUUCUCCUACAAUGCUGCUUUACAAGGCGAAAAUUCCGAGGAGAUCCUGGCCAGAUUGAAACGGGACAUGAUUCCUGCAUUAAGAAACGGGCUUAUAUACUGGCCGAUCUGUGAUUUCGUCACGUUCAAGUUCGUGCCCGUGCAUCUACAGCCAUUGAUGAACAGCUCGUGCGCGUAUGUAUGGACGAUCUAUCUGACGUAUUUGGCGAGCCGGAAGAAGGUUACGGCUGAAUCAAUGGCUAGUUAGCGACUUAACCCGAAAAUUUUUCGGGUUAGCUGAAGGCUGGUAAGAGAGAAUCACUCUAUGCAUUGCAGCAACGGCAACUACAUCACAAGUAGCUAACCAAAUAAUAGCUGAUUUAUUUAUGCGUACAUCUAGGAUUUGCAAAUUUCUAUAAUCGAUAUGUUUUUUAUUCUUUAAUUAAACUUUUUUACGACAA